CACUUCCUGUCUCAGAGGUUUGUUUUGCUGCUACACUGUUGAGUUUCAUUCCAUCAGAUGGUUCAGGAGCAGCUCUCAUUGUGUGUAUUUCAUCCAGAGCAUUUUAAUCUUCUGAAGUGAAGAUGAAGAUAGCAGCUUUCAACGCCAAAAACCUGGGAAUGAAAAAGGUCACGGACAAGAAGGUGGUCCACUACCUCACCAAGAUCGUGUCUCGGUACAGCGUGGUGCUGAUCCUGGAGGUGAUGGAUAAAAGCGGUACGGCCAUGGAGGAGUUAUUUAAAGAGCUCAACAACAACAGCUCCAACAGAAACAGUCCUUACUCCAUGAUCGCCAGCCGCCAGCUAGGACGAGACACCUACAAGGAGCGCUUUGUCUGCUUCUACAGAGAGGCUGAUGUGACCCUGAGGACUUGUCAUCAGUAUGAAGACAAUCAACCUGGAGACGUGGACGCCUUCGCCAGAGAGCCGUUCAUCCUGCGCUUCAGCAGUCCAUCUACAAAGGUGAAAGACCUGGUUCUGAUCCCGGUCCACACCAAACCUACGGACACACUGAAGGAGCUGGACGAGCUGCAUGAUGUGGUCCUUUCUAUCAGGAAGAAGUGGAAAACUAAUAACAUCAUGAUCUUGGGGGACUUUAAUGCAGAUGGCCGUUAUCUCUCCAAGAAGAAGAAGGCGGAGAUCCGCCUCUGCUCUGCUGACUAUCAUUGGCUGAUAGACGACGACGUCGACACCACGACCAGUAACCUGAACGACCACACCUACGACAGGAUCGUGGUGUUUGGACGGACCAUGCUGAACGCCAUCGUGCCCGGCUCGGCCAAGUCCUUCAACUUCCAGACGGAGUUCAAACUGACGGAGAAAGACGCUCUGAGCAUCAGUGACCACUACCCUGUGGAGGUGGAGCUGAAGACCAAUCAGAGACCCAGAGCACAGAGACAAAGGAGGACGACGCCCACUGAAGGACAGAAGAAAGGACCACAGAAGAAGAAGAAGAAGAUGCCAGCAAAAAGGAAGAGCGGACCGGCAUCGAACACACCAGUCAAGAGAAAACGUUAGAACAAACAACCAUUCAACCAUUAAAGCAGCAUUAUUAGUUAUAAAUUAUAGUAUUAAUAGUUAAAUUAUAGAGUUAUUGGCUUUUAAAAUCCUAAUAUGGUAUAAACAGCAUGUCUUCUUUAAUGUAAUAUGACUGUAAUGUUGAAUUAAUGUAGUUUGACUUUUGUGUCACAGUUUUACUAAUUAAAUCGUUUAAAUCGUUUAAAAUGUUUUAAAUAUUGUUUGGGAAGAACGUUUAAGACUCAAAGUGUUUUUUUUGUCGUUACUUCUCUCCGAUGUUUGAGCUUCAUUGUGCAGAAUUUAUGUCCACAAACAAUCUGCAAGUCGUCCUGAAGAUAAAUUACAAAUGUGCUCAAAAUAUAGUACUUUAUAUUUUGACGAAAAGACAAACAAAAGAAGUAUAACUA